GCGCAUGCGUGUUAAUGUCCCGACUACACCGUCUGCUUUGUUGAGACCAUCGAUGCUGCUGGGACUUUGAGUGACUCCGCUUUAUUGUAAACAGAUAAUGGAGUAGAGUUUAGUGUUAGCGACUCAUUCGACCCCCCAUUUAUCAUUUACGAUAGCAGCCUUCGCCUUUUUGUUGUUUUGACGCUGGAAACUACAGAAGCGAGGAGCUCCUGUAUAUAAACAAAACGCAGCGCGAGCUGCUUUUAAGGUGGCACGUCAUUAGCGACAGCUGGAACAACGAGAGCAGGCUCCCAGGCCUGCUUGACACUUGGACAGCCGGACAUGCAGAACCUCGGUGUCCAGACUUGGAAGUCGUUGAUCGGCCUCGACGGGAGUAAAACUCCGUAACGAGCGAACAUGAAAGAACAGGGCCGUUUGUUGUCUGGCCGGCAGCUCCUGGCGAGUGAAAGAGGGGGUGACUGUCCCUGCUGCUGCCCUGGCUUGACUGUGGAGAGAGGCGAUCUUAUUAGCGAGAAGGGUGACUGCAGGCCCCCCGGUUUUCUGCCCCUGUCCAAAUAGUGCUGAAGCGGACUGAGGUGCGUCAUGGAGACGGUGGGCAGAUUCGAGUUCAGUCGGAAGGACCUGAUAGGACAUGGCGCAUUUGCGGUCGUAUUUAAAGGCAGACACCGAGAGAAACAUGACUGGGAGGUGGCAGUAAAAUGCAUCAACAAGAAGAACCUGGCCAAAUCUCAGACACUGCUUGGGAAGGAGAUCAAAAUACUUAAGGAACUCAAGCAUGAAAACAUUGUUGCUUUACUGGACUUUCAGGAAACCGCGAGCUCAGUGUACCUAGUAAUGGAGUACUGUAACGGUGGUGACCUUGCCGACUACCUACACUCAAAAGGCACACUGAGCGAGGACACAAUUCGCGUUUUCCUGCAGCAGAUUGCAGGUGCAAUGAGAGUCCUGCAGGCAAAAGGCAUCAUCCACAGGGACCUCAAACCCCAGAACAUUUUGCUCUCUUACCCACCAGGGCGCAAAUCCCACUCCAACAACACCUGCAUCAAAAUUGCUGACUUUGGUUUUGCCAGGUACCUUCAGAACAACAUGAUGGCGGCAACCCUCUGCGGGUCUCCAAUGUACAUGGCACCAGAGGUCAUCAUGUCCCAAAACUAUGAUGCUAAGGCAGAUUUGUGGAGCAUCGGGACCAUUGUGUUCCAGUGUCUGACUGGGAAGGCUCCUUUCCAGGCUAGUAGCCCCCAGGAUCUUAGGAUGUUUUAUGAGAAAAACAAGAAUCUGAGCCCCAACAUUCCCAGAGAGACUUCCAGUCAUUUGAGGCACCUCCUACGGGGCUUGUUGCAGCGCAAUCACAAGGAUCGCAUGGACUUUGAUGAGUUUUUUUCACACCCUUUCUUAGAAGCUACAAGCUCAUCCAUAAAAAAGACAACUCCAACGGUAACCAUGACCUGCUUUCCAAGUUCUGCUUCAGCCAGCUCAUGCAGCAGCUCCUCCACUUCACACCUGGCCUCUCCACCGCAGUCUCUUGGUGAUGCCCAACAUUUGCGUGCAAAAGCGAUGGCCUCCCCCACCCAAGAGGCCACUGGGUUUCACCUCAAGGAUUCAUCCGGAGGAGGCGGCAGCAGCAAGAACUCCUCCUCCUGUGACACAGAUGACUUUGUCAUUGUGCCAGCUCAUUUUAACACGGCUGAGUUGACGAGUGAGAGUAAAGUGCUGCAGGACAGUCUCAUGAACAGCGGCUCUCUUCUGAAUUCUGCUGGUUUGUGUGUCCAAGCCAAAUCCCCGCCACACUCUCCCUCCUAUAGUGGUUCCCCCAGUCGUGUCAGGUCCAGUGAUUCUUCGGGGAAUAACUAUGCUGGCACAAGUGGAAACCAUGGUCACUCCCUGCCCAUCCCAGUUCCUACUCAGGUGCACAACUACCAGCGCUUGGAGCAACAGAUCUAUACUACCAAACAGGAAAGCUCACCCAGGCUGUCCACUCUGGUGCAUCGUUGUAGCAGUGGAAGUCCGUUGGGCUUUGCAAGGACUGGGCCCUCCCCACCUUACGGAACAGUGGCCAACACCCGAAGGCUGUCGCUGGGAGGAGCAAGACCAUUUCAACUCUCCCCUCAAGCAGCACAGCAAGCGGAAUCCAGGUCAGCAGCUCAGAGGCACUCCCCAGUCGCCACAGGCCUGGGGACACGGCUCCACAGUGCCCCCUGUCUUUUGGAGUGUAAUGCUGGUGGCGGCCGACAAAAGAUCCGAAAGCAGCAUUCAGACCCAGUGGUGGUCCCCACGGCAGGCAUGAUGACUGUUCGCCCCUUGCACUCUUCCCCCCGCCUCAGUGAGCUUAUGCAGCGAAGCCCACUGCCCACCAUCCUGGGCUCCCCAUCAAGAACUAUGCCUCCAUUUGAAUUCCCCAAACCCCCCAGCUCUCCAAACCUUGUCAACUUCCUGACACAGCAAGGCUUGGUCGUAGGCUCUCCCAGCAACAAGACUGUGCAAACCGAGCCCAGGGACAGUGGACAGCUCGUGCCCACGCAGUGCCCCCAGCCUUCACACUGCAUCCACAGAAUGAAUGAUGAUACCAGGGGGAUUGGAAGAUCUCAAAGCGCCGGCCUCCUAUCUGACAUGUUGCUGAUGGCAGCAUUUGGAACAGGUGGAACAGUCAGUGACCGGGGCAGCACAGAGAACCUGGUCUGUGAAAAAGCUAUAGACAUCGCAGUGCCCUCAGGUGGUGUCCUAUGUCCUGGGCCGGGCUCCUGUAGUCCAGCACAGGUGGUGUUCACCAUCGGCUCCCCUCCUAGUGGCAGCACCCCACCUCAGGCCUGCAGACAGAGGAAAUACUCAGGCUCGUUUGCAUCAGUCAGCCCCGCUGGCUCGUUCACUAGCCGAUAUGCCCAGACGGCGACCUACGGCGACGGCUUUGAGGCUUCUUCCAGCCCUCGUUACAAUUUUUUUGAUCCCAUCACAGCCAACAUGGGUGGACGUAUAACCUUCGAGGCCCCGGAGCUUCCUGAAGAGACUUUGAUGGAGCAGGAACACACGGACACCGUGCAGAGCCUGCGCUUUACGCUAGAUUUUGCUUGCUGUCUGAUGGAGGUGGCCGGUGCCCGUGGCAUUGCAUUGAUGGGGCUCCCGGGUGACGCUUCGAACCCUAACUACUUACAGCAGCAGAGCCUGGUGGCAGAUCAGAUAAGCUCACUGAGCCGAGAGUGGAGUCAUGCAGAACAGCUGGUUCUUUACCUUAAGACUGCAGAAAUUUUAUCUACUGCAAUACAAACGGCCAUGGAGCGAGUGAAACAAGGCAAACUUUACCCGUCGAGUACAGUCAAACAAGUUGUGAGGAGGCUAAAUGACCUGUACAAGUCCAGUGUGGCAUCAUGCCGCUCUCUCAGCACGCGUCUGGAACGCUUCUUUUCCAAAAAACAUCGACUAAUGGACAAAAUCACCUCCAUUACGGCUGAGAGGCUGCUCUUUAGCCACACUGUGCAGAUGGUUCAGUCUGCUGCUCUAGAUGAGAUGUUUCACCAGGGUGAGGCAUCAAUCCACCGCUACCACAAAGCCCUCCUUCUGAUGGAGGGCCUCUCUAUGCUUCUCACAGAACAGGCAGACAUUCUCAGUGUCAGCAAAUGUAAAGAGUGUAUCGAGCGGCGUCUCACAGCCUUGCAGUCCGGGCUCUGUGUUUGAGAGCCCCCAGCCACCACAUGAUGUCAGAAACUUCAUCUCAGCACUUCAUGUCCUACAUAUACAGCUUUCACAAGACCUCCAAAAAUUGCAUUUUUGGACAACAGUGUCUUUCACUUCAGCGGAACUGAUGUUGCACCUUGCUGCAUUCUGACUCGUGAGAGACGAUUUGUGGGGACAUGCAGGAGCAGUUAUGGCCAAGUAGUCAUAUAUGUACAGGAUAUAUACCCGCACGCACUGCUCACCAUGAUAUACAUUUUGAAGACGGACCAGUCAG